UCCCUUGCUAACUACUUCCGCCUGUUGAAGGGAAGCUACUCUCAUAUCCUGAAAUUGUGACGGACCGAAACUCGAAACGUUGUGAUCGAACAGCCACAAACGAGAAUGCCGAGAGGAAAAUCAAGUAAUCCCUCUACCAGUAGCCGUGGACAGUCAUCAAGUCAGAUGUCGCAUAGCUCUCAGGCCUCAUCUUCCAGUCAAAGUCAGUCUCAAGCUCAUAAAGUUGUCGCUAUCAUGGACCAAAGCGAGCUCAAGAGAAAGGUAGAUGAACUUGUACAGUUUUUGCUGGUGAUGGAUCAGAAGAAGAUACCUAUCAAGAAAGCAGACAUUAACAAAACAGUCAUGAAAGAGCACAGUAAAGGGCUGCCUGCUGUCAUGAAAAUAGCAGCAGAUCAUCUGCAGAAGGUGUUUGGGAUUGAGAUUGUUGAACUUCAAGACAAACUAAAGGGAAGUUACAUUUUGAUCAAUAAAAUGAAAGACCCAACGCACCUCGCAUGGAAUGAUGCAGACAAUGCCAAAACUGGCCUCCUGGUGGUAGUUCUCAGCAUCAUUUUUAUGAGUGGCAAUGUAGUGCAAGAUGGAGAGCUCUGGCAUAGUCUACGUGGAUUUGGCGUAAAUCCAGACCAGCAUCAUGAAACCUUUGGUGACGUGAAGAAGCUGGUCAUGCAGGAGUUUGUAAAGCAGGCAUAUCUGGAGACAACACGUGUUCCAAAUUCAGACCCCAGUGUUUAUGAAGUGCGCUGGGGACAGCGAGCUAUGCAUGAGACAAGCAAGAAGGACAUUUUAAAAUUUGUUUGUCUGCUAUAUAAAAUGGAACCAGCCCAGUGGGCAUCACAAUACCAAGACGCAAUGGAGGAGGAAGAGACAGCAAGAAAUGCAGCAGCUGGUUCAGUCUGAAUUUUGUGUGCUGGUGCAUCCGCAUCCAUACAGAUACAGUUUCUCAAACACUUGUGGUGCUUCAGGUCUUUGUACAUUGUAUUGUUCUGAAGUGCUUCUUUUCAAUAAAAAUUUGUUCUUUAGUAAA